UGAAGAUUAAAGGCUGUUCUAGUUUGCUUCCUAUUCCUCCGUAAUCCCGCCCUCAAAUUAUCUAAAUGAUAAGACCCCGGUCUCGGGUAUAACAAGAAGGCAUUGAGGUUCGAGGAGAGAAAGAUUCUAUUAUGAGAGAAGGCAUUCAGCAGACUGAGAUGCGAGAUGAGGAUGGUGAUGUGUUGAAGGUUUUUCUUAAAAAGUUUGCAGAAAAGGGUAAGAUGCUAGCAAAGACAGUCGUGGAGUUAGUGUCGUUAAUGGAGGGUGCACCAGCUGAGGCGAUGAAGAACGAUGUUUAUGUGGAAUUGCAGAUUGCUGCUGGAAGGUUACUGGGAUUAGUGAAUAAAAAUCCAAAAGAUGGUGUGCAGCCUGCGGAAUGUGCAUUUUCUGAAGUGUCUUAUGAUGAGUUCAUUUGGAGCGAUCCUU